AUGCCUACGAUCCUAGCUGCAAUUCACGUCACCUUCUCGAGCUGGGUCAAGGCCUACAAGAAGUCAAAGAAGCCCAUUGUUGAUCAGUCCAUCAUAAGGCAGAAGCAGUGGCGCAACAGCCAUAAAACACAGGCUAGUCAAAUUUUGAUGAUGUAUCACAUGCUGGUCCCUGAGGCAGCCAGACCAGAAUGGGCAUUUAUAGGGGAGACUAUAUAUCAGUCCACAGAUGAAUUGGAGGAAGAAACACUCACCAGUGUAGGAGGG